AUGUUUUUCUCGACCUCCCUCAGCCUUAUAGCCACCCUCGCGGUCUCCCUCUACAACAGCCUCGCCGCAGCAGACACCUACGAUGGCGACUGCAAGGGCGACAACCCCGUCAGACUCCGCAUCGGCAACGGAGGCGCCGGCCAAAGCGGUCUCGUAAAAGAACUAGCCACUCACUUCAUCCAAAACCAAACCAACAACUGCCAAGACACCAGCAAAGCCUUCACCAUAGAAUGGGUAACCGGCGACACCACCGAAACAAUCAACAGCCUGAAAUCCAAAAAGAUAGACAUAGGAAUCACAUACCACAAGACAGCCGAGCAAAUCGCAAUCAACAACGGUUUCGCCUCCGGCUGCAAAUACAAAGAUGAGAACACCACAACACCCUGCUUCGGUGACAACAACUGCAAGAAUUACGAGGAACGGCCGUGCUACAUCUUCCGUGAUCACUUCUACCUGGCUGGGCCGAAGAAUAACACCGCCGAUAUCCAGGAUGAGGAUGAUAUCACGGAGACGUUCUCGAAGUUGUAUAAUGCGGGGGAGAAUGGGACUGCACGGUUUUUGAGUCGGUUUGAUAAGUCGGCGACGAAUAUUAAGGAUUCGGAGUUGUGGAUUGCUAUUGGACAGGUUCCCUGGGCAAUAGCCUACUCCAAAUGGUACCACCAGUACAUGGACUAUCCGAUCCAGGCGUUGACCGCCGCGAUCAAACUCGAGGAAUAUACCGUCACCGAUCGUGGAACGUACCUCACGCUCCGCAACACGGACAAGGAUCUUGCGGACCAGCUGGAGAUCUACAAGCGCGGCGAUGAGUACGAGGAGCUGCUCAACCCGGCCGAUAUCAUCAUCUCCAAGGACUCAGAUAACAAGGAACUGGCGCAGGACUUCGUGCAAUGGGUUCUCAGUGGUGAUGGCCAGGAUGUUAUUGCGAACUUCCACAAGGAGGAUGGGUACUGUCUGUACAAGGGUUUCCCGACUGAUGAUGGUGAGGAUGUGGAGGCUCCGGACUGCAAGUGGGAGCUGAGCUAG